AUGCGUUUCGCUAGCAUCGUCCUCCUUCCCUUAGCCCUCGCCAGCUUUGUUGCUGCCGGCCCCGUCGCAGAGAAGCGCGCGUCGUUUACGCUCUCGAACGGCAAGGAAGCCCAGAAGCUCAAUUCCAAGUUCGCGUCGCUGAGCGCGGACUCGAAGUGCUCAGGCGGCGAGGUGGCCUGCAUCCAUGGCGUCUUCGCGAAGUGCGACCAUGGCAUAUUCGUGCAGACGCCGUGCGGUGGGGGCACCCAGUGCUUCGCGCUUCCCCUGGUUAACAGUCCUGGAACCAGCGUCACCUGCACAACCGAGGCUGACGCUGCUGCCCGUAUUCAGCGCACUGGUGCCACGGGCGGUAUCAAGGGACGUGACCUCGAGACCCGUGCGUCGUUCACGCUAUCGAACGGCAAGGAGGCUCAGGCCUUGAACCGCAAGUUCAAGGGGUUGACCAAGAAUUCUUCCUGCAAGUCCGACGAGAACGCGUGUGUUGACGGCGAGUUCGCCCAGUGCGCGAAUGGCAAGUUUGUCCUCACGCCUUGCAACGUUGGCUUGAAGUGCUUCGCCCUUCCUUUGGUCCUCUCUCCUGGAACUAGCCUUGUCUGCGACACCCAGGCUGAUGCUGAGGCCCGUAUUCGCAGCACCGGUGCCGGUGGACUUUUCGGCCGGGAGUUCCAUGAGUUCGACUCUCGCUCUGUACAUGCCCCUGCAGCAUGCAAGGCCAAGAAGCGUGAUGGCCUCUCUGAGCGCUCUGAAGAUGCUCCCCUCGUCCGCCGCAUCGCUCAAACCGACCUUGGCACGCUCGCUCAGGAGUGGCAGAACCUCUGCCUCAAGUCCGGCGGCGAUGUCCACACCAACGAUCCAUGCGUCCAGCUCGCAGGGAUCCGCGGCAUCAAUGUCCUCCUCGCGAACGCGGACCCGUGUGAGCAGCAAGCGGUCGCGGACGCCAUGGUCGACUUCGCCAAGAGCAAGGGCAUCAAGAACAAGUCUGCCCUGGUCGCAUACGCGACAAAGUACGCGACGCACCCGCGCAACGCGCUCAACAUCAACGGCGUCGUGCCCAGCACGCCGUUCUGCCAGCGUGCGCCCAAGAAUGCGGAGCUCAGGGGCCUUUCGCACAGCCAGCUGGACGGUGUCGACCCCGGCUUAUUUGGUGCACCGAACGUCGACAUCUUCCCCUUCGGCCAGCCCGGCUCGUGCCCUUUCGGCAAGAAGCCCGACGUUAAGACGUGCAGCUGCCACUGA